GGCUCCCGGGCGGGGCCGUGAUUGCCGCUCGCUGGCUUCAGUUGGGGCGCCCGCACGGGCGACGGGGCGCACCGCCGGCGACCACAGGUGGGGCCUCGAGCCAAGAUGCCCCGCGGGGACUCGGAGCAGGUGCGCUACUGCGCGCGCUUCUCCUACCUCUGGCUCAAGUUCUCGCUCGUCAUCUAUUCCACAGUGUUCUGGCUGAUCGGUGCCCUGGUCCUGUCUGUGGGGAUCUAUGCCGAGGUCGAGCGGCAGAAGUACAAAACCCUGGAAAGCGCCUUCCUGGCCCCGGCCAUUAUCCUCAUCCUCCUGGGGGUUGUCAUGUUCAUCGUCUCCUUCAUUGGUGUGCUGGCCUCCCUCCGAGACAACCUGUGCCUUCUUCAAGCGUUUAUGUAUAUCCUGGGGAUCUGCCUCAUAAUGGAGCUCGCUGGUGGUGUGGUGGCCUUGAUCUUCCGGAACCAGACCAUUGGCUUUUUGAAUGACAACAUUCGAAGAGGAAUUGAGAACUACUAUGACGACCUGGACUUCAAAAACAUCAUGGACUUUGUUCAGAAGCAGUUCAAGUGUUGUGGUGGGGAAGACUAUCGGGAUUGGAACAAAAACCAGUAUCACAACUGCAAUGCCCCUGGGCCUCUGGCCUGCGGGGUGCCCUACACCUGCUGUGUCCGGAACAAGACAGAUGUCAUCAACACCAUGUGUGGCUACAAAACCAUCGACAAGGAGCGCCUCAGCCUGCAGAAUAUCAUCUACGUCCGGGGUUGCACCAACGCCGUUCUCAUCUGGUUCAUGGACAACUACACCAUCAUGGCGGGGCUUCUGCUGGGCAUUCUGCUCCCCCAGUUCUUGGGAGUGCUGCUGACGCUUCUGUAUAUCACCCGAGUGGAGGACAUCAUCAUGGAGCACUCUGUCACCGACGGGCUCCUGGGCCCUGGCACCCAGUCCAGCACGGAGGCAGUGGGCACAGGGUGCUGCUUGUGCUACCCUAAUUAGGGCCUUGCCUGGGACAGUGGCUCCAGCAGGAUUGUGCCAGGUGCUUGGUCUGCUCGGGCUUAACAGGGCUGCACUGUGGUACCUCUGCUCACAUGGCACUGACCAGGGCCCAGGCCGUGCAUGCCUGCAUGUGGCAUCUCGUGGCCACUGCCGUGGAGGCAACCUGAGUGCCUCCCCUAAGAAGCUGCUCUACUGCUGUGUGCUCAGGAUUCUGUGCCUGCACUGCAGGGCCUGCUUCAGGCCUGGGCCGUGGGGUGAAGGGGAGCUGAGUGUUUGACUCUGGCCCCUUUUAUUUCUGGCAGUGCCUUGGCCAUUAUGCCCCACUGGGUGGCAGUUUUGCAGUCAUUUGUGAGCCGGAAAAGAAGAGUGACUCCACAGGGCUGGAGGGACAGUGUGUAGCCCCAGUCCCCCAUUCCCUGGCCACACCCCAGGAACCUGGGUGGGCCAUUUCUCUUGUGCCUUGAGACCCCUGCAAGGGCUGCUGUUUUGCUGACCCAUUUUCUACGUGGUUUUUGUAACAUUUUGCAUUUUGUACAGAGUUAACAGGAGUUCCCAGCUACCCAAAGAUGUUUCCAUAUACACCCUUCUUGCCCUACCUGUCAGUCCUUUUAUCAAACAAUAAAGACAUGGUUUUUUCUU